AUGGUAGCAGGGCCAGAGCAGACCCAAAAGCACCCAACAAUGCCAGAGGUAAGGGAGGAGUUGAAGAAAAUGACAGAGGUAGGUUUUCCCACACUGGCCAUGGGCUUGGUGGGCUAUCUAAGAAACAUGACUCUAGUCAUUUGCAUGGGAAAACUAGGCAGCCUCAACCUCGCCGGCGGCGCAUUGGCCAUCGGAUUCAUCAACAUCACCGGCUACUCCGUCUUGUCCGGUCUAGCCAUGGGCAUGGAGCCACUUUGCAGCCAAGGUUUUGGUUCUAAAAACUUAACCAUAAUGUCUCUCACCCUACAAAGAACAAUCCUCAUGUUACUUUUUGCUUCAAUACCCAUUGGUUUUUUAUGGAUUAAUCUGGAGCCUCUUAUGCUAAUUCUCCACCAAGACCCAGAAAUAACACGAAUCGCAAGCCUCUACUGUCGAUAUGCAGUUCCUGAUCUUGUUGCUAAUAGCCUACUUCAUCCUUUAAGAAUCUACUUGCGCAGUCAAGGGACAACAUGGCCAUUGCUGUGGUGUACUUCAGUUUCAAUCCUUCUACACCUCCCCAUCACUAUCUACUUAACCUUCACUCUCUCUCUUGGAAUCCGUGGGAUCGCAGUUUCAACCUUCGUCUCCAGCUUUAAUAACUUGUUCUUGCUUCUGUCCUACAUGUUCUACGUUCGAGUCUCCCAUGGUCAUGAGACUUUGAACAAACCAUUAUUACCCAACUCAGAACGUAUAGGUUUACAGAUCAAUCCUUGUUUAGCUACUUCAUCACUGAAGGAAUGGAGAAUUCUGCUUCGACUGGCUGUACCAAGUUGUCUAGGCGUUUGUUUAGAAUGGUGGUGGUAUGAAUUCAUGACACUUCUAGCAGGGUACCUCGAAAAACCUCAUGUAGCUCUUGCAACAUCAGCUAUAGUAAUACAAACCACCUCUCUCAUGUACACAUUGCCUUCAGCCCUUAGUGCAUCAGUCUCUACCAGAGUAGGUAACGAGCUCGGAGCCGCCCAACCCGGAAAGGCCCGUUUGGCAACAAUAAUAGCCAUAGGCUUGGCCUUGCUUACCUCCAUUUUUGGCCUCUUAAUGACCACUUUGGGAAGAGAAGCAUGGGGGAGAGUCUUCACAGAAGAUACUGAGGUUUUAGAGCUAACAAUGGCUGCUCUACCCAUAAUUGGACUGUGUGAACUAGCAAACUGUCCACAAACCACAUGUUGUGGGGUGCUAAGAGGAAGUGCCAGGCCCAGUAUUGGUGCAGGUAUUAACUUUUAUUCAUUCUACUUGGUGGGUGCACCAGUGGCUAUAGCUUUGGCCUUUGUUUGGAAACUGGGUUUUCUGGGCCUCUGCUAUGGGCUUUUAGCAGCUCAGCUGGCUUGUGUACUCUCAAUUUUAACAGUGAUAUACAAAACAGAUUGGGAAAGAGAGUCAUCAAAGGCAGAAGAUUUGGUGGGAGGAAGUGAUGAAUUUGCUUAUGCAGAUGAGGAAUGGAAGGAGUUGGGUUUCUGA